AUGUUAGAUGCUAAAGGGGUGUCUACUCCACUGUCUAAUUCAUCAGUGUUGUCUCUCAAUGAUGGUUCUACUCCAACGGAUGCAAAAGAGUAUCGGCGAGCUAUUGGUGCUUUGCAAUACCUAUCGCUCACUCGUCCAGAUAUUUGCUUUGCGGUAAACAAGUUAGCUCAAUUCAUGCACUCUCCAACUGUUAAGCAUUGGCAGGCUGUCAAAAGGGUUCUUCGAUACUUGAAGCACACUAUAACUUAUGGCUUACACUUCAAGAAGUCUUCUUCCUUGUCCCUAACAGCAUUCUCUGAUGCUGAUUGGGCCGACAACCAUGAUGAUCGCAUGUCUACAUCAGCUUACUUAAUUUUUCUUGGCUCUAAUCCGAUCAGUUGGUCAUCCAAAAAGCAGCGUACAGUUGCUAGAUCAUCUACUGAAGCAGAAUAUAAGGCGGUGGCUACUGCAGUGGCUGAAGUGAACUGGCUCUCUAAUCUUCUUCGUGAACUCUUUCUAAAGCAGCUCAAGUUACCAAUUAUAUAUUGUGACAAUAUUGGUGCUACUUAUCUUUGUAAAAAUCCCGUUUUCCAUAGUAGGAUGAAACAUGUAGCCAUUGACUUUCAUUUUGUUCGAGACCAAGUUUCCAAGGGAGAAAUUGUCGUGCGAUAUAUACCAACAGGUGAACAAUUAGCGGAUCCCCUUACAAAGGCCCUACCUAAGCGGGCGUUUCUCCAACUAGUCAACAAGAUUGGUCUUCUUUCCAUCCAGCCCAUCUUGCGGGGGCAUGAUAAAGGGAUUCAAAAUCAUAACAGCUUUUCAUUAUCCACGUGA